CAGAGACACAGCACACGUGUCGUCUCCUCAGGAUCCGAGGAGAUUCUUUGGGUUGCAUCUGGAGCCUGCUCCCUCUCUCUGCUUGUGGGCUCCACGGUGGGGACCAUUCUGCAGUCGAACCACGUCACGGUGCCAAACUCUUUCUCUCUCUCUAUGUGGCCAAUUUGGCCAAUUUCUGUCCACUCGAUUACGUUUUCGACUCCAAAUCACCUCAGUCCGACCAAAUUCCGAAUACCCAUUUUCCGGGACACAGCGAGGCUUAGAUACGAUGGUUCCUUGGCACUGUUCGUUGACAUUAAUGUAGGAGAAGAACUCAAGAAGUGGUCGGGGGUUGAAGUAGAGCACAGUGGAUUGAUUGGCGGAGGAAGACGGCGGUAUUCGAUCAGUCUGGGCCUGUCCAUGAGAACGGUGCCAUCGUCGCUGCAUGGCAGUCUGAGCGGUUGUCUUGCCUCCGGUUCGUGCGGUCACGGCGGCGGCAAUGGAUGCAAGCUCGUCGUAGCUAUGGCCAAGAGAAAGAAGCCCUCUUCUUCUCCUUCUCAGCAGUCUGACCCAACCCCUGCGAGGAUAACAUCAAAUGUGAAGCAGAAUUUGCAGUUCCUCAGACUAUGGAAGGAGUUCCAAACGAGAAAGUCAGGUAAUCCGAGGCCUUCUACAAGCUACCGCCGGAAGAGGGUCGAGAAGGAGGAGCUGCCUGAAGAUGUAAACCUCUACGAGGAUCCUACCAUGGCUCUCUACUAUACGCAUCAGGGCUUGGAAACUGCCACACCUGUCCUGCUUGUGGACGGCUAUAAUGUGUGUGGCUAUUGGAUGAAGCUGAAGAAACAUUUUGUGAGUGGAAGACUCGACAUUGCCCGUCAAAAGUUAAUUGAUGAACUCGUAACAUUUAGUAUGCUACGAGAGGUUAAAGUGGUAGUUGUAUUUGAUGCCAUGAUGUCAGGACUACCGACACACAAGGAAACUUUUGCCGGUAUCGAUGUAGUUUUUGCCGGUGAGUCAUGUGCAGAUUCUUGGAUUGAGAAAGAGGUUGUAGCCUUAAGGGAAGAUGGUUGCCCCAAAGUAUGGGUCGUGACAUCGGAUCAUUCUCAGCAGCAUGCAGCAUAUGGAGCUGGAGCCUUCAUUUGGAGUUCCAAGGCCUUGGUUUCUGAGAUCAAAGCCUCUCAGAAAGAAGUGGAGAGAAUGCUUCAGGAGCACAGAAGUUCUUCCUUCCAAGGGAAACUCUUGAGGGACAAUCUCGACUCAGAAGUUGUAGACGCACUAAAGGAUCUAAGAAGCAAGCUCUCCGAGAAUGAACAAAAGAGCCGCAGAUGAGUGGGCCUGAUGCGGUUACGAUGAAAUGGCAGUGGAGCUGCUUCAUCCGGGGGAGCUGAAAGGCGUGACAGAUAUUCCAUACGACUUUCUUGUAAAAGAAGCAAAAAUGUAAGAUUAUCAUGUACAGAAUCUGUAUCAGAGGAAUCGCGGCAUUCUGUUUUCAUGGAACUUAACAAAUUGCUCAUUUGCUUCAAACUAUCGUUUGUUUUUUGUUUUUCGGCUCUAAAAUGCGGAUGAUUUCCCGUUGUCAUUCAGUAAAUUUCUCUGCCGAAAAUUUGUUA